UCUCUAUCUCCAAUCUUGUCCCUCUUUACUGUAUAUCUCCAUCCAAUUUCAACACAUCGAGACCAUCGUAAACCCCAAAUUACAACCUUCUUCUCCAAAUGGCUAUUUCAAACCUUUGUAGUGCCUCCAUUAGGAUAUCCUCUCUGCUUCUAUCAGAUUCAUCCCCAUUUCCACAAUACAAACCCAUCUCCCCCCAAAUUCCAUUUCACUCCUUCCCUGCAAAGAGAAUCAGAAAAGUUCCCACCUUUUGUCUUGGGAACCAGAAUGUUGUAAUCGGCUGUAAAGCUUCUGAAAAAGAUGAAGAUGAAGAAGAAGAAUCGUUUGGAUCCAGUGGCAAUGAGACUGUGUUGUAUUCUUUCUCUCCUCUUCCAUUGAUCUUAUUGGGUGCUCUUCCUGGAGCUGAAGCUGUUACAUCAUUGUUUGAGCCUUUUGUGGAGCUUGUAAAAUCAUUGAAUCUUCCUGAAUGGCUUGUGCAUUGGGGUCAUCCUGCUAACAUGGCUGUUGUUCUGUUUGCUAUGGGUGGUUAUGGAACUUACUUAGGUUUUCGAAUACGAUUAUCUGACGAUGUUGAAGAGAAAGCCAAGGCUAAGGAUUUGCAUCCGAAACUACUAGGUGGAAUGUUUUUCUUCUUUGCUUUAGGCGCCACAGGGGGAGUAACAUCUCUUUUGACCUCUGGUAAACCCAUCUUUGAGAGUCCUCACGCAGUCACGGGUUUCAUUGGCCUUUCUCUUCUAACCAUACAAACAUUAUUGCCAACAUUUUUUGAGGGAAAUGCUGGGUUGAGAAAUGUGCAUGGGAUUUUGGGGAGUGGGAUAAUGACACUCUUUCUUGUUCAUGCUGCUCUAGGCCUUCAACUUGGUCUUGCUUAAUUUCUUUCUUGUAAAUGAUUCCUUAUUACUGGUACUGGGCCUGAUUUUCUAUGCAUAACGAUUCACCCACAUCCUUUUCCUAUAAUAUAUAAAUAUUAUUUGCCAAACAGUUUAUUUUUGUAAUAAAUAUGAAACAUUAUUAUAUUA